AUGAGUGAUAAGAAUAAUAAUCAUCUAAGUGCUGGUGGCGAUGGUAACGCGCAAGUAGUUGGUGACAACAAUACAGUCACCAACAACAUUACCAUAAUAAUGUCCGAGGCUUUUUUACCUCCCAGUCUCGUUCGUGAUCUCUUGGAUGUAGUUCAUUCUCUUCCAAAAUCUUCGAACACACAGUAUUCGCUUGAGAUGCCCGCAUUAAUGCAGAACAAGCUCAAGUUCAACAAUGCUCCGAGGUAUAUGAGAAGGAUUAAGAAUCAUUCAAACGAUUAUGCAUGUGUCGAUGAAGUAAUGAAGGAUUAUGCCAAUAGCGAGACGAUCAUCACAACUCUCCACGAUAUGUUUAUUGACGUUGCCUCUCUCGAUGAUGAUGGAAACCUACGUGUAGAUAACGGUGAUGAACAGCUGCAGCAGAUGGAGGAUGAACUGUUUAAGAUCAUCGUUCAAGACUCAAGGUCUCGAGAAAAAGAAUAUCCCCAGGAAAAAAUUCGCCACUUUUGUAUCGCGCUUAUUGCCUGUGGCAUAUCCAAGUGUGAGAUUCUCCUCAAACCGUCGGUGCAAAAUGUUGCUACUUGA